UUUGGGAUGUUUUUCCGACUGCAGUUGUUCUAAAAAUGAAACAUAAGUAAUAGAAAACAGGAUAACAACAGACAUUAUAGGGAUACAGUUGUAUUUGAAGCCUUUGAAGACAGAGUACAGUUUGAGCGACGUAAUGGCUGGUGGCAAUUUACAGAAAGCUAUAGAUCUUGCCAGCAAAGCAUCAGAGGAAGACAAAGCCAAAAACUACGAAGAGGCCCUCAGAUGUUAUCAGAGUGCAGUGCAGUACUUCCUUCAUGUCGUCAAAUAUGAGGCUCAGGGUGAUCGAGCAAAGCAGAGCAUCAGGGCCAAAUGUGCAGACUACCUGGACAGAGCCGAGCAGCUGAAGGAAUAUCUGAAAAAGAAGGACAAGAGUCCAUCCAAACCUGUCAAAGAGUCAAGUGACAAAGGUAAUGAAAGUGAUGAAGGGGACGACCAGGAGAAGAAGAAGUUCCAAAGUCAACUCUCAGAUGCCAUUGUCAUGGAAAAGCCAAACAUUAAGUGGGAUGAUGUAGCUGGACUUGAGGGAGCCAAAGAAGCUUUAAAGGAAGCCGUCAUCUUGCCCAUCAAAUUCCCUCAUCUGUUCACAGGAAAGAGAACUCCUUGGCGUGGGAUUCUUCUCUUUGGCCCUCCAGGAACUGGGAAAUCCUACCUGGCUAAAGCUGUAGCCACAGAAGCCAACAACUCCACCUUCUUCUCCAUCUCCUCCUCUGACCUUGUGUCCAAGUGGUUGGGAGAAAGUGAAAAGUUGGUGAAGAACUUGUUCAGUUUAGCCCGAGAACACAAACCAUCUAUCAUUUUCAUUGAUGAGAUCGACUCCCUCUGUGGUUCCAGGAGCGAGAACGAAAGUGAAGCAGCACGCAGAAUCAAGACAGAGUUCCUGGUCCAGAUGCAAGGUGUUGGAAAUGAUAAUGAUGGAAUCCUGGUUCUGGGAGCCACAAAUAUACCCUGGACACUAGACUCAGCUAUCAGGAGAAGGUUUGAAAAGCGAAUCUACAUUCCUCUGCCUGAGGAGCACGCCCGCUCCUUCAUGUUCAAACUGCAUCUGGGUUCCACCCCCAACGAACUGACAGAGGCAGACUUCAUCACACUGGGCAAAAAGACAGAAGGCUACUCUGGGGCAGACAUCAGUAUUAUUGUCAGGGACGCCCUCAUGCACCCCAUCAGGAAGGUUCAGUCAGCCACGCACUUCAAAAAGGUUCGAGGUUCAUCAUGGAGUAAUCCUGAUGUUGUGGUGGAGGACCUCCUGACUCCGUGCUCACCAGGUGAUCCCAACGCCAUAGCAAUGACGUGGAUGGAGCUUCCCGAGGAUAAACUUCUAGAGCCAGUUGUGUGCAUGGCUGACAUGCUGAGGUCGCUGGCCAACACCAAGCCAACAGUGAACGAGGAGGACUUAGGGAAGCUGCAGAAAUUUACUGAGGAUUUUGGUCAAGAAGGCUAAUAACAGUCACUAUCUGCUCAUAAAUACAGCUGCAACUAACAACUAUCUUCAGUCAGUUACAGGCUUGAUAAAUCGAUGAAUCUGUCACAAAAAUGUUCAUUACAGGUUGCUGGAGCUGAAAGUUCUCAAAUGCAUAAAAUUAUACUUCACAUUAAGAUGUGAAAAAAAAGAAAAGAAAGCAUAUAUUAAGGUUUAACUUGCUAUAAUAGCAGAUGUUUACCAUUCACACUGAAAUGUGAACUAAAACAUUUAAUUGAAUUAUCAAAAUCAUAACUGAUAACGUUUUUGUUGACAUACUAAUCAUUUAAUCAAGUGUUUCUGCACUAUUAACCAUCCACUAAGGAUCAUGUUUACAUCCACACUCUUUAUUUGCAAUGUUUCAUAUUUGUUUUACUCUUUUAUUGCAUGCCUUCAACCAAAGUCAUAAUAAUAGUCUCUAUUUUUUUAAAGAACAUUUUGAUUAAAGGUACCCUGUGGAACUAUGGAACCAUUUUUUAACGAGACAGUCCCCGUUUUGUUGCUGUGUGAUGUGAUAUUGUACCUCCCUCCCUGACAUUAAUAAUACACACCAUGUGUUUUGAUGAGUAACACUAAAUCUAAACAUAACUUUAAUUUGUUUCCAAGGAAACUCCACAGUGCACCUUUAAUCACUCUCAUUGUACAGAUGGUGAUGGCCUUCCAACACUACAUACCUCUUACUUUUAUCCUAGAAGAAUUAUAUUGCACUUGAUAUGAUAAAGUUUUGUUUUUAUAAAUAGGAAUUUAUCCUUGAAAUGUAUGAAGCCACUCUUUUUAAUCUGCAAUUAACUUUUUACGGGUUAUUUUCAUUUGAUUUUACUUGAUACAGUUGUCACUAACAGCUUUAAAAAAGGACAUUUGGGUUUCAAUCAGGUUUCUGAAUUUUACAAGCAAAUGACUGUAAGUGCUGUACAAUAAUGUGAUUAAAAGUAUUUUCUAAACCCAAAUCUUCUUUUGUCUACAAUGACAGUUACAAUGUCAGUGUGCAUAUUUUCUACUCAUUGACAGUUUCCAUCAUGUCAUAUUUGUUAUGAAGGUUUUUUUGUUUAAAGUUGAGCUGUU